AUGAUCGACCUCUUGAUUUCGCUCUUGGUUCUCGUCCUACUUGGUCUCGCUCUGGUUGGUGGACUCCUCUUCCUGCGUCGCAAGCGCCUGAGUCGGGAACAAUCCGAACUUCCCGUACACAACGGACAAUGUGCAUCUCAACAUCGCCGCCUGACGAUAUCCGCGCCGCCAUAUGCCAAAACCGAGUCUGUCCUGGUCUACGACGAGAAACGCAGUCUGAUUGAGAAUUCAUCGAGCCCCCCGCCGAGUCCCGUUCCCGAAAUCCGAAUUACGUUCCCCGAGGAGGAAGAUGAGUCCGGAAAGCGCAAGUCGGGGCGUGUUGUGGUCGUCAGAAUUAGCGAGGCCGGGGGUGUCGGCUUGGAACCCUGCCAUGAGGACCUUCCUCCGUAUCAGUCAAGUGACGCCGAGCGCUUCCAGUCCCUGGAUAUCGAGCGUAUGGGAGGGCUUAAAGAGAAGGGGGAUGCGCCUCGUUGGUCUUGA